CUUUUUUCUAACUUUAAUGUGCCUCUUUUCUUAUUUCUUAAUUAGAUCUUCAGCAUAUAUUUAUUGAUUUUUAUAAUUCUCCGCCAGAGGCUUUGGAUCAGACCCUCAUAGCUCGUUGCUUGCACGCUAUAUUGCUGCAGUGCUCUCGGAUGUAUGAUGUAAUCAUUCCUGACUGGUACAGGUUCUUCACUGCUUCCAUUAAACAAGCAAUUACCAAGCAUAACUCUGAGCACUUGCUUUCGGCUUGUAACGUUUUCUUUUUGACUGUUGCUUCAAAUGCACGGGGCAGGCUCUGCAGAAUUGGAGAGGAUUUAGUUCAACCUGUUAUUCAGGUCUGGGACAGGAGCUCGCCAUUACUCAAAGAUCAGAUACUAACUUUCCUUCACAUUCAAGUAAGGUUGCAUCAUCCUUGUGGAGCUGUCUCUGAGGCUGAUGGUGCCUGGGCAUCAAAUGACGCCCACUGGAGGAAUUGCAUUGAGAAAAUGAACUCCUUCAUCAUCAAAGAAUUGGAUUUAGCUUCAAAGAGAUCGAGAUCAACAAGUAAAGGUGAAGCCACAGUGUCUCCAUCUUUCAUUAAUUUCACUGUGGAUGUCAUGCAGCAGGCUUAUUCUCACACUGAUACUUCAUUUACUGACACAUCACUGCCACCUAAAGUGAAAAGGUCAAGGGUUGAUAGUGGUUGGUCGAUAUUAAAGGACUCAUUGUCAUCAAGUUCCUCAGUCCUUAUUUGGUUGCAAUUGAUUGGUCAUCUGUUUGCUAAAGAGUCAGUCAAGUUUCCUACUACUGAAAUAAUUCCUUUAAUAUCAGAAUUGUACAAUAUACUCAUUCAACUUAAAAAACCUGAUGCACGAGUGUUCACUGUAUUGCACUGGGUCUUUAUAGCAUUGAAAAGUAUUGCUAGUUAUACCAGUAACAAUGGAAUAGUAUAUAAUAACUGGAAGGACAUAUGGACAGGAACAAUAAAGGCACUUCAGUAUAGGAUUGCUGAAGACACUGGAUAUGAACUGCUAAGCACUUUAUUAGUGUUAAAAUUUAUUAAGACAGUAGAAGUGGAUGCUUGGAAAAUCAUUUGUUUGACCACACCAUCAAAAUCGGUUAUUUCUUUCAUUCGUUCACUGCUUGCUCAUCACAAGAUACCAGAGUCACUUACAAUUUCAUUACCACACACCAUCAAUGAGGACUCACCACUCCCCCUUCUCUCCUUGUCAUCAUCCUCCUCUUCCUACCAGUACAGGAUUACACUAUUGAACCACAUUUGUUCUAUACUGGAUAUUAAGAAACCACUCAAUGGAAGCAGGUCAUCAGUAUUACUCCCAGUGUAUGAGUUAAGCACUGUCUUGGUAUCAUUAAUGCAACAGUCAUGCUCACUCUCUUUAACACUAUCAUCAACUAGUAACAGGUUACUGGGCAUUUUGUGUUUAUGUUUAUCCUCUACCUAA